ACGGAGCCGACAUCUUGUGCCCUCCCCUCCCGCCGCCGGCUGGGUGAGCCCGUCCGCCCCAGGGGGGAGGGGAGGGGGGAGGGAGAAAGAGAGAAUUUAAAAAAAAAAAAAAAAAAAAAAAAGGAAAGCCAAAAAAAAAAAAAAUACCCCCAAAAAGGAGGCGGCGGCAACGGUGGAGACUGCCGCGGCGGCGGCGCGCUGAGGCGGCCAGGGUCUCUGGACUGCAGCGAUGAGGAAGCCUCGGAGGAGGUCCCGGCAGAACUUGGAGGGGAGGCGUUCUCCCUCGCCCUACAGCCUCAAGUGCUCACCGACUCGGGAGACACUGACAUACGCUCAGGCCCAGCGGAUCGUGGAGGUAGAUAUUGAUGGGCGGCUUCAUCGCAUCAGCAUCUACGAUCCCCUAAAAAUCAUCACAGAGGACGAGCUGACUGCCCAGGACAUCACAGAGUGCAACAGCAACAAGGAAAACAGCGAGCAGCCCCUAUUCCUUUCCAAAUCUAAAAAAACACCUUCCAAAGGCAAGAAGAAAGAGUCCUGCUCCAAAUAUGCACCAGGGACAUCUUUACACUUACCCCAGCCCAACUUCCGCGUGGUGGACUCCUUCAGCCAGCCAGAUGCCCCUCCUCUCCCUGCCGCCUACUACCGGUACAUUGAAAAGCCCCCUGAGGACCUCGAUGUAGAGGUGGAGUAUGACAUGGAUGAGGAGGAUCUGGCAUGGCUGGAAAUGGUCAAUGAAAAGAGAAGGGAUGAUGGUUAUGGGACAGUUUCUGCUGACACUUUUGAGCUGCUGGUGGAUCGGUUGGAAAAGGAGUCAUACGUCGAGAGCCGGAACAACGUGGGUCAGCAGUCCCUCAUCGAUGAGGAUGCCUUCUGCUGUGUCUGUAUGGAUGAUGAGUGUCACAACAGCAAUGUCAUCCUGUUCUGUGAUAUCUGCAAUCUGGCCGUGCACCAGGAGUGUUAUGGCGUGCCCUAUAUCCCUGAGGGGCAGUGGCUUUGCCGCUGCUGCUUACAGUCCCCUUCUCGCCCUGUGGAUUGUGUCCUUUGCCCAAACAAAGGUGGAGCCUUCAAGCAGACCAGCGAUGGCCGCUGGGCUCACGUGGUUUGUGCCAUCUGGAUCCCAGAGGUCUGCUUUGCAAACACUGUGUUCCUGGAGCCCAUUGAAGGGAUAAAUAACAUCCCCCCGGCUCGGUGGAAGCUCACAUGCUAUAUCUGCAAGCAGAAGGGCAUGGGAGCUGCUAUCCAAUGCCACAAGGUGAACUGUUACACUGCCUUCCACGUCACCUGUGCCCAGCGGGCUGGUCUGUUCAUGAAGAUCGAACCCAUGAGGGAGACCAGCAUCAAUGGCACAACAUUCACCGUGCGCAAGACUGCCUAUUGUGAGAGUCAUUCCCCACCUGGGACAGUGAAAAAAGGGUCUCCAGCUGCUAGCGUUGAGAGGCAGGAGGACACUGUGAAGGAGGAGGGAGAGGAGGAAGCCAAUUCUGGCCCUCCCAAAGGGUCUCUGAAAAAGAACCAAGUGAAAUUGAAGCAGAAGAUCAAAAAGGAGCCUGGUGAUGUGACCGAUGGGCAUUUGUCUGUGCCCUUGGUGACGGUCACACAAAUCCCCUCUUACAGGCUGAACAAAAUCUGCAGUGGCCUCUCAUUCCAGAGGAAGAACCAGUUCAUGCAGAGGCUCCACAACUACUGGCUGCUGAAGCGGCAAGCGAGGAACGGCGUGCCCCUGAUCCGGCGCCUGCACUCGCACCUCCAGUCCCAGAGGAACGCGGAGCAGAAGGAGCAGGAUGAGAAGACCAGUGCAGUGAAGGAAGAGCUGAAGUACUGGCAAAAACUGCGGCAUGACUUGGAGAGGGCACGGCUGCUCAUCGAGCUGAUCCGUAAGCGGGAAAAACUCAAACGGGAGCAGGUCAAGGUUCAGCAGGCUGCUAUGGAGCUACAGCUGACCCCUUUCAAUGUACUUCUGCGCACAACACUGGACCUGUUGCAGGAGAAGGAUGCUGCCCAAAUCUUCGCAGAGCCUGUUAACCUGAACGAGGUUCCAGAUUACCUGGAAUUCAUUUCCAACCCAAUGGAUUUUUCCACCAUGAGGCGGAAGCUGGAGUCCCACCUGUACCGAACAUUGGAUGAGUUUGAGGAAGACUUUAACCUUAUAGUUACCAACUGCAUGAGGUAUAAUGCUAAAGACACGAUUUUCCACCGAGCAGCUGUCCGGCUCAGAGACCUCGGAGGAGCGAUAUUGCGUCAUGCACGGCGGCAGGCUGAAAACAUCGGCUUUGACACUGAUGUGGGGAUUCACCUGCCUGAGUCACCCAAAACCGAGGACUUUUACCGCUUUUCUUGGGAGGAUGUGGAUAACAUCCUCCUCCCGGAGAACCGGGCUCACCUCUCCUUGGAGGCCCAGCUGAAGGAGCUGCUGGAGAAGCUAGACAUGGUGAGCACCAUGCGGUCCAGCGGCGCCCGGACACGACGCAUCCGGCUCCUGAGACGGGAGAUCAACUCCAUUCGGCAGAAGCUGGCCCAGCAGCAGAACAAGACCAUACCCAAUGGGGAGCCUGUGCCACGGGAAGAGGGGACAGAUAAAACAUCAAGGGAAGGGGACGAGGAAGGGGAGAAAGCAGAUGAUGCCAAGCCCCCGCACCCUCCAACUCUGGAGCCCACAGGACCCGCACCCUCCCUCUCGGAGCUGGAGUCUCUGCAGGACCCUCCAACGCUCAAACCCAUCAGUGAAAGCAAGUCCUUGAAUCAGCUGCAGAAGAGGGUGAUGUCGGACAGGGAACUCUUUGACAAGAAGACGCUGCAGCGGGAGAGCCAAGCCUUCCAGCGCCUGCUCAGCGACAACGGCCUGAACGGACUGGCCUUGCCGCCUGCAGACACCCCUGCCAGCCCCCCCUUCAGCGGCGUGGGCCGACGGACAUCUGUCCUUUUUAAAAAAGCUAAGAAUGGGGUGAAGCUGCAAAGAGGCCUGGACUGCUCCCUGGAGAACGGGGAGGACCACAGGCAGAGUGGGCAGCUUUCACCCUCCCGCCCUGACGGAGAGCGACAAGCUCGGAAGCGGCCACAGAGCAGGACCUGCAGUGAGAGUGAUGGAGAGAAGUCGCCCAGGCAGGCAGGACAGAGAGGAGUGACUAACGGCUUUGCGAAGCACGCAGAAAGCGGCUCUGACUCUGAGUGCAGCUCUGGCCUGGGUGGUGGACUGGUGUUUGAAGCCUGCAGUGGUUUGAUGCCUCCCAAGCGAAGUCGAGGGAAGCCAGCUCUUUCUCGGGUGCCCUUUUUGGAAGGUGUGAAUGGAGACUCUGAUUACAGCAGCUCAGGCAGGACUCUCCUGAUGUCCUUUGAGAGUCAGGCUGAGCUGGAGCCCUUGGAGCUUGUGUGGGCCAAAUGCCGUGGCUAUCCCUCCUACCCUGCCUUGAUAAUCGAUCCCAAGAUGCCACGCGAGGGUUUGCUCCACAAUGGAGUCCCCAUCCCAGUCCCACCCAUGGAUGUGUUGAAGUUGGGGGAGCAGAGGCAGACAGAGGCAGGAGAAAAGCUCUUCCUUGUCCUUUUCUUUGACAACAGGAGAACCUGGCAGUGGCUUCCACGUGACAAAGUCUAUCCCCUCGGCGUGGAUGACACAGUGGACAAGUUAAAGAUGAUGGAAGGACGAAAAACCAGCAUCCGCAAGUCUGUGCAGGUGGCAUACGACCGAGCCAUGAUUCACAUGAGCCGCGUGCGGGGAGAUCAUCCCUUCGUUACGUCCAAUUAUCUGUAAGGGGUCGGGGUGGCUGGUCCUCCUUUUCCUCCAGACCCCGCGCUCUCUGCGUUGGCAGAGUGGACCGUCUUGUGCACUGACCGGCCAGGGGAUGCCGUUCCCAGCAGCUGUCAGCACUCCUUGAAGUACCCUGAAAUGUGCCAAAAAGCCUGUCCAGCUUCUUUCUGAAUGUGUCUUGCUGAAGAGCUGGCAGGAGAUGAAGUGUAUAGUCUACAGGGCCAGGAGUAAGGUAGUUAGGAAAAGCUGCCAGGUGACGGGAGCCAAGGUGAGCUGAUGCAGUGACCAGAGCACAGCUCUGGGAUGUUCGGACCUCAUGCACCCUCCCUCGCCCCUGCCUUCCCCGUGCCGCCGGGGUUUUUAAGUCAUCAGCCAGCCCAAGUAAUUCCCAGGAACCCGUCACCACUGUAACUGAACCAGGAAAUCCCAACUGGACUUUAUUGUGCCAAAUUUACCCUAACCAUCAUUGGCCUUUUCAUUUUUUUAAAUGACAUUGAUUGUCCCAUCGCAUUAAACAAAAAAAUCGUAGCUGGGAGUUCACAUUACAAUUUUCCUGCCUACGUACGUAGUGUUUUCAUGUUAGAUUUCUGUCACUGCAUUUAGAAAAGCUUGAGAUUUUUUGGUAACCUUCCCCUCUGCUGCACACACUUACAUGCAUAGAUGCACAGAGCUUUAAAUACAAAAAGAAAAUUACCUGAUUUUUGUGUGUGUGUAUGUCCUAGAAAUUUAUUUGGUAGUUUCACAUUUAAAUUCUGAUUUCUGUGACUGUGCUUGUUCCAGUAACAUUUCAUAUCAUGGUUUAGUACAAUACUGAGUCUAAGCAAAGAUAACUUCCUUUUUUUAAGAAGUAAAACUAAUUUUGGAGGUGCCUAAUGAGCUGGAGCAGCUUUGCAGGCACUGAGGUUGAUCAGGGUUGGAGAGAGAUACAUCUUUUGUGUUGGUUUAUGCACAUUUGGUGUAAGGCUUCUCUUCCUUUCUUCCCUUUUUUCUGUCUCUGACGUUUUCCUCUGGCUCGGUUUGGGUUGAAACCAAGCGCUAACUAGAGCACACGACCAUUUUGCCUUUUCGCCUUCUCCCACACACACAUAUCCUUUCCCUGGUGUGUGGGUCUCCAGCGUUGUCAUCCAUUAAAACCCAAGUAAACCCAGCUCUGCAGACAAUCCCUGUUUUUUUGGGUUUGCAUUUUAAAAACAGGGACAACUGAUGUUUGGAAACUUGAUGACAAAACCUUUUCUAUUAGCCAAGGACAUUAUGAUUUCUCUGAUCUCUUCUGUUGUGUAUCCCUUUUUGCUUUCCCAUUUUAAGAACCAAAGGUGCAGAGCAAGAUUGUAGAUUGAAUAUCAUCAUUUCACUUUUUAACUCAAUAUUUUUUUAUUAUUUUAACUUUUUCAUACUGAAGAGAAUGUGGGGUCAAAAUAAUAAUAAUUAAUAAUAAUAAUGAAUAGUGGGGAGUAAUCACUGCCAUUUCUACUUGGUCUACUUUUUUAAAAUACCACUUCUUAUACAUUGGGACAUGGAACCACACUUUAGGGAAGAUUCCUGUAACAUAUAGAGAUGGGGCAUAGGAUUUUGUAAUAAUAAUAAUAAUAAUAAUAAUAAUAAUAAUAAUAAUAAAGCCUAUGGAGUGUGGCUAGGGAAGGAUGUUGUGUAUAUAGUUGUAAAAUAUUGUUCUAAAUUAUUUAGACCUAUUGUCACCAUUCUUGAAGUCCUCAGUUGUGUUGCUGGGUCUUUUAUAUGCACACAGUGUAAUUUAUUUAACGGAACAUACACUUUUCCAGGUGGUAGCUCAGCUGUGGACUUGUGACCUGUGUAUAUGUUUUAAGAUUUUGGGAGUUGGGUUUUUUGGUUUUUGUUUUGUUUUGUUUGUUUUUAAAUGACAUUUUAGAAUUGGAAUUGGCUAAUAUCCUGCUGUUGCUACGGGACCUAAACGUUACUGUCAGUCUGCUGUAAAGCACAGAUCGCUCUAUUUAUUGUAGAAAGUGAGUUUAUUUGCUUUCUAGAAUUGUUUAUAUCAGAUGGUAUAAGAGAGGUAAUAAGAAAAUCUAUGCUUGUAAAGAAAAAAAAUGCUAAUUUUACCUACUAUAAUCUGACUGUCUGAGACUAUAUUUUCUCUCUGAGAAAUAAAUGUUCUAAUGUAUAAAAAAAAAAGAAAAAAGAGUCCUUCCUUGCUAGUGUUGUCCUGAGGUCCAGGACCCCACUUACCGUGAUGGUGUUUAUUCGUCCCAGUUGUCCUAAAUGCAGGCGUAAAGCGGUUGCAAAGAGCAGUGAUAGGGAAGGGACACACGGAGGGAUGUUUCUGCCUCAAACGAGGUGAGUUUGUUCCCUGUGCAAUGGGUAACAGGGUUGGGUGCUGCAGGAUGGCAUCCCGCCGGGGGGUGGCCAAGAGCCCCGAAGGAAUGGGAAUUGGGAAUUGGGGGCUUGAAUCCCAUCUGCUGGUGAUGUCCGUGGCCCUUGGUGGGCCUGAGGGCUCCUGCGAUGCCGGGCCGUGGGCAGUGAGAUGUGCCAGCAGACGGAGACAGGAGCCAAGCGAUGCGGCGAUGGCAGGGCCGGACUCUGCAGCCGGGCUGGUCCCUGGCUCCUGGCUGGGGAGGGUUUCUCAUCUUAGCAGGGCUCUCGCAUUGUCUCUCUUCCCUAAGAUGCAUUUUCCCUCCCUGCACAGGUUCGUGUUGCCGCAGGCGGUGGUGCACCAUCGGGACCCCUUUGCUGCUCGGCCCCUCUGUGCAGACCCCGGGUUUCGCUGGAAGCUGCUGCUCUCCGAGGAUGCAGGUAUCGUUCCCAUCCACCACGAGCACAAAGCCCUUCUGGGGCCAGAGGCACAGAUCCACUGCUGUGAUGCAAAACCCUGCAGGAGCCAGGGGAUGCUUUUCCCUCUCUUUCCCGCCAUCCUGUUGUCAGCUCCAGCACCACAAAUUCAGCAGGAGACAGAUACGGUCACCUGCUUCGAGGCCUCAUCCUGGCUCUGACCUCCUUGCCCAGCCUCUCUGCCUGCCUUGCUGGCACAUCCUCUGCCUCCUAGGCUCAGACAAUUGUCAGCCUGAUCUGUGAAAAGCCCCAGUUUCCAAUAAUCUCUCGUCCCCAGCAGCUGCCAUGCUGUAAUGGUCCCUGACCCUCAUCUCCAACUGAUACUGAAUACUGAGUAAUUAAAUUCCUGUUUUCCCCCUAAUACAUUUGUCCUUUCAGAUACUUCUGCCUUCAAUUUGAAGGCAGGGCUGCCAUGGGUCUCUGCAAUACCAGUUUGUAAAGCUGGGUUUGCCCUGCCUGGAUCCAGCCCUGGCAGCAGCAUCUGCGGGAGCUGCCGAGAUCCGCUGUCCCUCCGGAGCUGGUGCAACAGCAUCUCCUGGGGCUGCCACCAACGGCACCUUUGCCUGAAACCAGUGAUUAAUUUGCAGUUUUGCAAGCAAAACUUUCUGGCAGAGAAGUUUAAUUUCCCCUUGAUUACGUGGUGCAUGUUGGUUGGUGUUGUCAAUGCUGCAGGUGCAGCCACCAGCCCUGCCCCAUCCGUUUCUCCGUGUUUCUUUUCAGAGUUGCAAAAAAAGAAGAAACAAAAUCAAUGAGAACAAGAAGAUCCCAUGGCUCGGCAUGCUGGCCAGAUAAGGACAUAGCUCUUCAUCUGGUGUUGGGGCGACACUGAAGGCCGGCAGAUUUUGAUCAAGGGGAAGGGAAGUUCAUUGGAUUUCUGCAACCAUUCCUAAUUUUCUGAAUUUUGUUUUUUUAUCGAGGUGCUGGGCGCAAGGGUGGCAGGUAAUGGCCAUGAACGAGUUAUGUCCCAGAGCCAGAGAAGGGUCUUGCUUGUGGACGUGCCCUUCAAAAAGUCUCCCAGAGGAGACUGAAAUGCAAGAGCAGGGUGGUCCGUGCCCCUCCGGCCGCUGCAGCACUGGCUCAGGGGUGCAGGGGGGGUGCAGGGGCCAUGCCCAGCCCUGGGUGCCCACAGGUAGGUGCUCACACACAUGUAUUUAUUUGUGGGAUGGGUCUCCUUAUGGCAAGUGCUGCUUCCACACCGACAGAGGAUGAGUUUUUCAAGUACUGACUACACACCCACAGCCAUAGGUACAUCCAGGGGACAGCUCUCCUUGCAUGCUCAUUAUAAUUGUUGGUAAGUAUAAUUAGCACUUUCUAUAUAGACAUAGCAUAUAUAUGCAAUGCAAGUAUGCUUCAGGAGAAAACGGGGGCAGAUUUCUCCACUGUGUGUGACUCAGCCAGACCCUUGGGGAGGUCCCAGUCCCCUUUGGUGAGGACAGGGGAGUUCACACCAGGCGCUGUGCAUGGGUUUGGCCUCGGGCUUUUCUGCGUGAGAAAAAACGACGGGAAGGAAGGAGCGGCGUGGAGCCAGCUCCUUAGAGGCAGAUGGAUAGCAGGUGACAAAACCUAAUGGUGCCGCCGUGCUGAGGAUUAAUCCUCUCCUGCUCCGGCCUCCCAAAAUAGCCCUGGCUCGCUGGGCUGUGCCUUGCAGGAUGUGUCCAGGAUUGGCAGCCCCUGGAGCCAGGGUCCCCACACUGGCCUGGGUGAGGGCCACCGUGGUGGGGAGUGGGGGCUUGGGGCAGCGAUGGGGAGGAGAGGGAGAGUAGCAGGUGGGUAAUACAUAUUUAACGUGUGCUUCAGCACUUGGAGUGCUGGAGCUUGGGUAGCAGCUAGGAGGAAAGCCACAAACUAUUUUUAUUUUUCUUCCUUGCAGCAGCAGAUGUGGGCAGCCCGCGUCCUCGGGGCAAGCCAGGGCCCCUUUGCAGCUCAGGAGGGGAGGGGAGUCUGACCUGGGAAGGAUGGAGAUGGGGAAGAAAGGCAGCAUGGAUGGACAGGACGGGCAGAUAAAGACGUUUUGCAGCGUUUGCAGAUCAGGAGCACUUCAGUGCGUGCCAAGCAGGAGGUGAAGCUGAUGGCAAACGGAGCUUGGGCCUCGCUCCCUGCUGAGGGAAAUACAAAAGGAGUGUGUGGCCGGGCUGGGGAAGGGUUUUGUGAAAAAUUUCCACAACCAGCAGGUGUUUUCCUUAAAGAAAAGCCCAGCUUUUGCUCUGAUCAGAGCCCUUUUGAUAAUGGAAAUAACUAUAUUUUGUUUGCCACUCUUGGUGUGAGCCAGGCGAGCUGGGACGGUGCUGGGGAGAUGCCGGGGUGAAUCCGUUGGGAUUCAGCUGCAUCUCAGUUCUGUUCCUGGCAGGAAACCUCCCCUCACCCACGGUCCUGACCCAGCAAGGAGAAGCUGAGGCUGUAAAAUGUGUAUUGGAAUUCGGUGAGGUUUUCAGCGACGCACCAGAGUUACAGGGGUAGCCAAAAUGGGGGGAUGGACAGACAGACAGACAGAGAAAGGGUGGACGGGCAGUGCUAGAAACCGAUGGCUCUCGCAGUGCUCACAUGGAUGGGGAAACUGGAUUUUCUCUCCAGUUUAUUGACUUCAUUCUUGGCACUGUCCUGAUCAACUCCUCUCUUCCCACCCGUAGGUAUUUUCUUAAAAGAAUUCCUCCAGUAAAAAAAAAUACAGAACACAAGAAAACCCACCUGGCUCAUUCUAAAAAGCACAAUAUUAAAUUUUAUAUCCUAAUUUUCUGGCUAAUCAGAUCCCCCGCUGGCUGGAGCAAACAACCAGCCUGUUGUACAAGACAACGAAAAGCGGCACUUUAAUAACAGAGCAGCGAGCAGCUGCCAUUCUCCCCCGCCGCCAUCCAUCAGAGAGUGUUUGAUGGAAAAGAAAUAAAGGAACCAGUAAGACAUUUUCAAUGAAUGGAAAUAAAUGUUAGAGCUUUGCCUGGGGAUUUAUGGAGACCAUUGGCCAGAGACAUGAUCCGAGUUUGCUGGGACAGGCAGCGACACAUCCUGAGACCAGUGCAUGGCAAUCUUUUGCCCCGGUUCUUAUUUUGGCUGUGUCAGAUUUCCUGCCCAUCAGCCAUGUUUGAUCAACGCUCAUUAGAGCAAAAUUAAUAGCCCCUGCACACGGUACAGGUUGCUUGGAGUCCAACUCCACUUUGCAAGGUGAUGGAGCUGUGCAGCCCCACGAGCUGCAGCACCGUGACCCCGGUGCGAAGCCAUGGAGCCCUGUGAGCCAGGGAACCUCUGCAGCUACAGCACACGCUGGGCAUUUCCACGGGCACGGAGAGCUCCUGCCGUCGGAGAAAAGCCAGGAGGGCUGCCAGCACCGCUGAGCUGUCAUGGGAACUUGCAUUGGGAUGCUGGUGAAGAAGUUGCAUCAUAGCUCAUGUGUUUUAACUCCGUUUUUACUUCGACACUGAUCAGAAAGGAAAUGAAAGUGUCAUGCUAAUGUAUUUUAAUUAGUCCAUUAGCAUUGCUAAAUAAAAUAAAUUUUGCAGGCAGA